CGGAACAACUUGAGUUGUUUACAUCCGGCUAGAACGAACGAGCUUGAAGGAGAAAGCUAUCUUCUUUCGUAAACGAUCCGAGUUUUUCACAACCACAAUGUCUCAACUAGAGGUAUUCAGGGAUUUUAUCACUGAGCGAUUAACAACGGCAGCUUUGGAGAUAUUUAGGGCAGCUGAAAAAUCGUUUGCCGAUUUCGAAGGGGAGAUUUCUCGUUCAAAGGAGGAGAGCGCGCGACUGCAACGGUUGUUGGACAUUGUUACUCAACCUGAAACCAAGCUUCACCGAAGAGAUUCGUCACAAAUCCACAAACAUAUUACUGGCGAUUUUCAAGUCGCAUCCAUCUGCUGCGGCGAACAUGAAAGUAUAAAUGUGCAGCAGCUCUCUUUCCCGGAACCCCCACAGAUUAUAGAGGAACAGGAGCUGUGGACCAGUCAGGAGAAAGAGCAGCUCCAAGGACUGCAGUCUGAAACUACACACUCCAUGUUCACUUCUACCAGUGUGAAACAUGACUGGGAUCAGGAAGGCUUUUCUGAAUGUUCACAUCUUGACCAAACUGUUAAAGUGGAGAACAGAGAAGGAGACUCUCUACCCACCAACACAACUGAGGAGCAAAUCAAAACAGAGCCUCAUGUACAAGACUAUGCAGCACCAGAACUGGACAGUGACUCUCAGCCCCUCUCUGUUGUAGCUCCAGACUGUCCUACAGCUCAGAGUUUGGAGGAGGAAGAACAUGAAGGAGUGCUGCUUUUUCUGAACAGAACACAAAACAAUGAGGCUCUGCCAAGGGAACAUAUGCCACAGAGACGUCACACAGGAAAAACAAAACAUCAGUGUCAACAAUGUAACAAAACUUUUAGUAGAAAAGGUGCUUUGGUUUUUCAUAUGAGGACACACACAGUAAAGAAAUCUUAUCAAUGUCAACAAUGUAACAAACGGUUUUCUCAAAGUGGUUCUCUGUUGAAACACAUAAGGACACACACAGGAGAGAAACCUUAUCAAUGUCAGGAAUGUAACAAACUAUUUGCUCGAAGUGAUACUCUAGUUGGACACAUGAAGACACACACAGGAGAGAAACCAUUUCAGUGUCAACAAUGUAACAAACGGUUUAGUAAGAAGGGUAAUCUGGUUGUGCACAUGAGGACACACACAGGAGAGAAACCUUAUCAAUGUCAGGAAUGUAGCAAACCCUUUCCUCAAAGUGGGUCUCUGUAUAAACACAUGAGGACACACAGGAGAGAAACUGUAUCUAUGUCAACAAUCUAACAUCUUUUUCUUGGAGGCAGACGCCUAUAAGAGGCAAGUACAAAUAUACCUGGGAUAUAUUUUAGAUACCUGGCUUCACUAAGCCUAACCAGGGUUUUUCAUGGCUCAGAAUGGGCCUUAAAGUGACUGCGCAUGACAGUAAGCAUGAGCCAUCUGCGAACAGUAAAGGCAAGGAUUCACCUUACAACAUCAAAAUCUAUGCAUUUUCUUAUUUCUGACCAUUUGAUUAACAAAAAUGUGUACUUUCUUGAU